ACGUGCCCCACCUCCGAUCCACGGACAGGUGGAAAUAUGCGCGCCAGUGUGCGUAACUGAAAGCAGACAUCGCGACUUUUCUUGUAGUUUGACACUGGCGAUAAUAACCAGCGAAGCCGCGUCUCUACCGCGCGUUAGGCGGGUGGAACUACCGGAAACGUCCGGGUUUAGGACCCAGCGGCGUGGGAAACGCACAUGGCUGAGCGUGGCCGCUCCAGUACGAGAGGAGAUGGUGAGUCCGUGUCGCUCUCCACCAGCCUCCUCCUCCGCUCCUUCGGUCCCACGCAGCCGAGCCCCACAGCAGCACUCGGACGACGCGCGUGACCGUGCGUGUCCCCCGCGUCGUCGCGCGCCUCACGCCCGCUGCAGUCGCGGAAACUUUGUGGCGGUGACGCGUCCGCCGUAGCCCGCUCCGACCCGGAUCUCCAGCCGCUCACCUGAGGACGCGCGCCCGGCACCAUGCGCACCUGGAGGCGGCGGGGGAACUUUGCCUUCGCGGUCCUCGCUCUCCGCCUCUGGUGCCUGUCCACGGCGGCGGAAAACGCUGGCGGUCCGCGUUCCGACGGAGGAGCGGGCAGCAGCGCAGACGAAGCUGAACGAGGGGAGGGUUUCGGACCCGGUGGACGCAGGACCACCGUCCCUGUGCUGCUGGAGGCCGAGGAGCCCCGACCCCUCAGCCUGCUCAAAGCGGGGAACUUUCCCGCGUCGCUCCAGCUGCUCGUACGCGUGGAGGGCGAACAGCUGAUCCUGCUGCUCCAGAAAAAUGAGGGCCUUUUUGCGAGUCAUUACACUGAGAGGCAUUACCGGGAGGAUGGAAGCGUGGUCACUGGUGCUCACAACUUCACGAAUAACUGCUACUACCACGGGGAGGUCCGGGCCCGCCGGAACUCUGACGUCACGCUCAGCGCCUGCUCGGGCCUUCGAGGCUUCAUUGCAUUUGAAAACCAGACAUUCAUCCUGGAGCCGGCGUCUGGCCACAGCACAGGAGAGCACUUCAUCUACCGAGUGGAGGACCUCCAGCUGACCCCCGGAGCCUGUGGCCACGGCUUUAACUUUUCUUCUGUUGCCCCUGAACGCCACAUUCAAAGCCCCCUCCAAACGUUCCAUACCAGGCAUAAAAGACACGCUCAGAAGACGACCAAGUACGUGGAGCUGAUCAUUGUUGCAGACAACAGAGAGUAUCAGAAACACGGGAAGGACUUGGAGAAGGUGAAACAGAGACUGGCAGAAAUAGCCAAUUAUGUCGACAAGUUUUACAGAGCCUUGAACAUCCGCGUGGCCUUGGUCGGCCUGGAAGUGUGGAGUGACUCUGACAAGUGUCCCGUCACCCAGGACCCCUUCGCCACGCUGCACGAGUUCCUGGACUGGCGCAAGGUCAAGCUGCUGCCCCAGAAAGGUCACGAUAACGCGCAGCUCAUAAGCGGCGUUUACUUCCAGGGCACCACCAUCGGCAUGGCGCCCAUAAUGAGCAUGUGCACCGUGGAGCAGUCGGGAGGCAUCGUCAUGGACCACUCUGAGAACCCCCUGGGCGCAGCCGUGACGCUGGCACAUGAGCUGGGACACAACUUUGGAAUGAACCACGACACCCCAGAGCGCGGCUGCGGAUGUCGGAUGACGGCCGACCGCGGGGGCUGCAUCAUGACUCCCUCCACAGGGUAUCCGUUCCCAACAGUGUUCAGCACGUGCAGCAAGAAGGACCUCGCGGCCAGUCUGGAGAAAGGCGUGGGCAUGUGUUUGUACAACAUGCCGGAGGUCAAGGUGCUGUACGGCGGACAGAAGUGCGGCAACGGCUACGUGGAGGAGGGCGAGGAGUGCGACUGUGGGGAACCAGAGGAAUGCAUGAAUCCCUGCUGCAAUGCCACCACGUGCACGCUCAAGGGAGACGCCGUGUGCGCCCACGGCCAGUGCUGUGAAGACUGCAGGCUCAAGCCUGCCGGCACCCUGUGUCGAGAGUCCAGUAACUCAUGCGACCUGGCAGAGUUCUGCACCGGUGCCAACCCUCACUGCCCGGCCAACGUUUACCUGCACGACGGCCACGCCUGCCACAGCGUGGAGGGCUACUGUUACAACGGCAUCUGCCAGACUCACGAGCAGCAGUGCAUCACGCUGUGGGGAGCAGGAGCCAAACCCGCUCCGGGGAUCUGCUUCGAGCGAGUCAACUCUGCGGGGGAUCCUUACGGGAACUGUGGGAAGGACUCCAAGGGCUCCUUUGCCAAGUGCGAUGUGAGGGACGCACAGUGUGGUAAGAUUCAGUGCCAGGGUGGAGCCAACCGGCCCGUGAUCGGAACGAACGCCGUGUCCAUCGAAACCAACAUCCCGCUGCAGGAAGGAGGCCGCAUCCUGUGCCGCGGGACGCACGUCUACCUGGGUGACGACAUGCCGGACCCCGGCUUGGUCCUGGCCGGGACCAGGUGUGGAGACGGCAUGGUGUGCCUGAACCGCCAGUGCCAGAACGUCAGCGUCUUCGGAGUGCACGACUGCUCCGGGAAGUGCAACGGACGUGGGGUGUGCAACAACAAGAAGAACUGCCACUGUGAGGCGCACUGGGCUCCUCCGUUCUGUGAGAGCGCAGGCUUCGGUGGCAGCGUGGACAGCGGCCCCAUGAGAGCGGCAGCCGACAGCGUGGCCGUCACCGUGGCGAUCCUGGUUACGCUGCUCAGCCUCCUGGCGGCGACCAGCCUCGUCUUCCUGAAGAGGAAGAGCCUGCUGCGCCUCCUCUUCGCCAACAAGAAGAGCACGUUGGAGAAACUCAGAUCCAUAGAGUCCACCAGGCCGACGAGCCCCAUCAGGACUCAGUCCACUUUCAGGCCUGUGGCUCAACGCAAGCCUCCACCCAAACCAUCUGCAGCCAACAUUUACAAGCCGUCUCUGCUGAGCUCCGAGCCUCUGCUGCCUCCACACAACUUCCACUCCCACAGCCUGCGCCGGCUGCCCCUCUACCAGCCCCUGCACAUCAGCCGGCCCAUGCCGGUGUGUCUGAGCGUGGGCCAGCCCGCCCUGCCCGCCCAGCACCGGGUCCUGCCGGCCCACGCGUCCCUGUCGCCGCCCCGGGUGCCGCCCUUCCUCAGCCUGCCGCGCCAGCCCGCAUCCUACAGGGUGGACCAGGACUUUGAAAGGCCGAGGCCGCCGCAGAAACCGCUGCCCGCCGACCCGCUGGGGAGGGGCUCCCGCUUCGCCCACGGCGCCACACCCACAGCGGGCCACGUUCCCGGGUCGGGGCCCAUCCCCGUCCCCGUCCCCACCGUGCCCCGGCCCCCGCCCUGCGUCCCGCUACCCAGCAGACCCGCUCCGGUGCUGCCCUACAGACCUCCAAAGGCCCAGCAGGACUGCUGAGCUGCUGGCGCCGCGGGACAGCAGCUCCCCCGCCAGCAGAUGGAGACGUCCUUGAUUUGCACUAAUAACAGAGACUUUGAGAGCUUUCGGACGGUUGAAAGCGCCGAGUCUCGCGUGACGGGAGGUGAACGUGUCACCGCAGUGCUACGCCUCUAAAAGGUGCUUUGUUGUCCUCGCUCAGGUACCGAAAAACUGUUCAUCUGUUUAACUUUGUCGUGGUGCAUGCUGAAGGAUUUUCCCACAGAAACACGGAAGAGAAGACAUGUUUGAACAGUGUUUUUGUUUUUUGUUUGUUUUUCUUGAAUAAAAUGCAGAAACAUUCUUUUUAUAACCAGUAACGUUGCUUGAACCAGAAGCAAAAACUAUUGUUACUGUUUUUUUUUUUUUACUUUAUGAAAGAUACAUUGAAGAUGAGCACAACCUAGCAAGGUUAGCAUUUAGCAUUUCCUAUUUUCAUGUAAUCAUGCCAAAUGCAUUUUUAUAUCCAUGCCACCACAACGCUGGAAAUUGGAUAAUAAUCUGAUAUUUUACUUCCGGAACAGCGAUUCAACAGUUGGAAGAGUUUUGUAGAUGCAUCAUCUCAAACAGCCAGACGUUCAGUCAGAAACAUGUUAUUGUGGGAUUAAUGUGCACAUUUUAUGGUCUCAGUCUUGUCCGUUGUGCGGUGAAGUACGAGCAGGAGUUGUUCUUCUUGCCGAACGCUGACGCCGGAAGUCUCCGAGGACUCGACGGGCUGAUGUGUUCCAGGGAGUUACACCGACAACAUGGCUUUUGGUGUUUGUGUGUGUAGCAUUAGCGCUCACUCUGUCCCUGUGUGUGUGUGUGUGUGUGUGUGUGUGUGUGUGUGUGUGUGUGUGUGUGUGUGUGUGUGUGUGUGUGUGUGUGUGUGUGUGUGUGUGUGUGUGUGUGUGAGCCAGGCAGGAUGACCUCAGGCCUCUCCUCGCUUCCACCACAUCUGUCCAGCCUCCCAUUUGGAUUCUAUCCAUCAGAGCCGGGUUGCGCUUUGCGUCAUUCCUUUGUUGCACGAGGUGAGACUCCAGCCGCGGCCUCAUUUGCCCCAUGUCCGUGUGCUGCACACCUCCUCCUAACGGACGCGUGCAGAUGUGCUGGACAGCCUGAGUUCACCGCUGGGCGCCGUUCGUUCGUGCCGUGUGGAUUAGUCGUUCAGUGUUCAUUGUGUGUAUUUAACUGUAAUGCGUGUAAAUAUUGUAAGGUAUCGUUUGCUGUUUUUAUUCCUGCUUUUUUACAAGCACAGUGAUGCAGGAGCUGCUUUGAGGCUGUGCCCCAUGAAAACACAUUUUUGAAAAAUGUAACCUGUACUUGUUAAAGCAGAGUCAAAUGUUGGACAAUAUCAGUUAAAUAUCAGAUUUUACUGAUGAAGUCGGAGCCAAAUAAAAGUUCCUUUUAUGACCGUUUACAUCAA